CUCAUUAAACACAUUUAUCCCUCAAGGUUUGGAAGGAGCCCAAAUGCCAAAAGUGAGAAUCCCAAAGCACUGUCCACAUUAGUGUGAGCUCCUGAUAAAUGUCUAACAAAUUCAGCAUGUGUCCUCUGGGCUUGAAGAGUUGCUGGGCGAAGUUCCAGAAUAGUGAGACGUCUUGGGAUUUAUCCGGUUUAGGAAAGACCUUUAAUUACCAGCUGUCACCUCACUGUUCUUCAAAUAGUCAAGUCUUGAGGUCUUUUCACUGUGGGCCAAACUGAUGGAGGGCCCCCACCAGUGUGAAGCAGAAGGAUGACCUUGUCCCAUAGGCAAGACAACUGUGAAGGGAGCUGUGUGUGUCCAAGUCUGCGAGAAGAGAGAGCCACCUAGAAUGUCCCCGCCAAACCAGUCCCUGGAAGGCCUUCUCCAGGAGGCCUCCAAUAGAUCCCUGAAUGCUACGGAAACCCCAGAGGCUUGGGGUCCAGGGACACUCCGGGCCCUCAAGAUCUCCCUUGCUCUGCUCCUUUCCAUCAUCACAGUGGCCACAGCCCUCUCCAACGCCUUUGUUCUUACCACCAUCUUCCUCACCAGGAAGCUCCAUACCCCAGCCAACUAUCUCAUCGGCUCCCUGGCCAUGACUGACCUCUUAGUCUCCAUCUUGGUCAUGCCCAUCAGCAUCGCCUAUACCACCACUCGCACCUGGAGUUUUGGCCAAAUCCUGUGUGACAUCUGGCUGUCUUCCGACAUCACGUGCUGCACGGCCUCCAUCCUGCAUCUCUGUGUCAUUGCUCUGGACAGGUACUGGGCCAUCACGGAUGCCCUGGAGUACAGUAAACGCCGCACAGCCGGCCGGGCGGCCGCCAUGAUCGCCACCGUCUGGGUCAUCUCCAUCUGCAUCUCCAUCCCGCCACUCUUCUGGCGGCAGGCCAAAGCUCACGAAGAGAUGUCGGACUGCCUGGUGAACACGUCUCAGAUCUCCUACACCAUCUACUCCACUUGCGGGGCCUUCUACAUCCCGUCUGUGCUGCUCAUCAUCCUCUACGGCCGCAUCUACGUGGCCGCCCGGAACCGCAUCCUGAACCCGCCUUCGCUCUACGGGAAGCGCUUCACCACUGCCCAACUCAUCGCCGGCUCUGCGGGGUCCUCGCUCUGCUCCCUCAGCCCCAGCCUCCACGAGGGGCACACCCACACAGCCGGCUCCGCUCUCUUCUUCAACCAUGUGAAAAUCAAGCUGGCCGAUAGUGUCCUGGAGCGCAAGAGGAUCUCCGCGGCUCGAGAAAGGAAAGCCACGAAGACGCUGGGGAUCAUCCUGGGGGCCUUUAUCAUCUGCUGGCUACCCUUCUUUGUCGCAUCUCUGGUCCUCCCCAUCUGCCGGGACUCCUGCUGGCUCCACCCCGCCGUCUUUGACUUCUUCACCUGGCUUGGCUAUCUCAACUCCCUCAUCAAUCCCAUAAUAUACACUGUGUUUAACGAGGAGUUCCGGCAAGCCUUUCAGAAAGUUGUCCAUUUCCGGAAAACCUAGUCUUAUUUGCGGGUGACUCUUGUGAUCUGUUGCAUCCUGUAACCCACUGGAAUUGUCUUGUUUAUUUUUCCUGAGAUUUGGGUCCAUCCUGAUAUGUUGGGUUUGGGUUCGACCAAUAGAAUU